AUGAUGCCCGGCCGCGGGCCUCGCCACCGCCGGAGAGCGGCCCCGACGGUGGUGUGCUCCGCGGGGCCGAGCAAGCCGUACCGGGUGGUGGAGGGCGCCGUGCGGCGCGUCAACAAGUGGCUGAACAUCCGUGAGAGGAUCGCCCGGCGGCGCGCGGACAACGCGUCGGACGACGGGGAGGGGGGGUGGGGGGGGCGGGGGCGGAGGGAGGGCCGGAGGCGGAAGAUCGGGCUGCGGGUGAAGGCCAACGGGCGGAAGGAGCUCAGAGUAGGACCUGCAUCAUUCAAGGUCUUCAUUCCUCUUUAUGAGCUUGUGGGAAUUGAUCUGAGACCCAUUGCCUACGUCCGAGUCAGGGUUGACAGUCGGCGCCACAAGGUGCAAUUCAUGAUCGAUGGUUUCUCACUGGGCGUCCCGCACCUGGACCGCCACUUUGCUGUCCGCAUGAAGAGCACCAUGUUUGCAACGCCGGCUGGCACCCGAACCAGGGCCCCUGGGUCUGCUGGGGUCCUGCCCGAGGACGAUUCGAUCCUUGCAGAUAUAAGGGACCUGGAGGCGCUGCAGCGGGCAGGCGUGCCACUGGAGGAGGAGGAGGUGGAUGGCGUGACGGGAGAGCUGGAAGUGCCCCAGCUCUCGUUCGAUGGAUUUGAGAGCACAGGCUUUGGCAGACAGGAGGAGAUGCACCAGGGAACAGAAGCUGUGGAGCUCGGGGGGAAUGGCUGUGGGAAUGAGGUAGAGAUUGGGCAUCGUAACGAUGAAGACGUGCGCCAAGAGAUGAAUGGGACGGUUGAAAUGCAACAAGAAGCUUGGAAGGAAGACACUGGAUCAUCAGGUAGCCAAGGUGAGGGGCUUCCUGGUAGCCUCUCGAAUGGUGUUGCUGGUGGCUUGCCAGACAGCAUGCAAAACAGGAUUGGCUCUCUGGGAGGCGAGGCGCAGCAGGCAGCGGGGUCUGCAGGCGUGACCCUGCAGUGCAAGGUGGUGCUUCAGCUUCAGAUAACGAUACCCGCUGCCUUGUCGUUCGUGCCACGGCUCGUGAUAGGCUCCACAGGACGCAUUGUCAUCCGCGCCGUCCUGCACAGCCUCCUGCCGAGCUUCCUGGACCUUGUGGUCACUGACUAUGAGCGGUGGGCUGCCGGCGAGCAGUCAAGGGAAGACAUGGUGGGAAAGCUGGUGUCCCAGCGACUGAGUCCGAGGGAAUGA